AUGGCUGUUUUUAAUGAAAUCAAUGUCGUCGCUGACCACAGAGCAGCUUCAGCGGAUCGAGGAAAAUCGGAAGAGGGCCCUGGAAAGAAAAGCGGCUGCUGCUUCAAAACCACAACAAAAACCAACCCCUGCACCCCUGCCCCUGCAACGUCAAGCACCGAAACCUGCUCCAAAUGUAUCAGUCUCAUCUUUUUACGGCAGCGGGGUAAAGAAGCCCCUGGACGUCAAUGCAAAGUUGCGCAAAUUUCAAGAGCCGCAGCUGGGAAUGCUUCUGCUCCCAAAAAAUUUAAGCAGGACGAUCGGUCUAAUUCUGCCCUGUUCCGUACAUUUGGAUCUGAAGUCAAGCUGGACUCAUCAAAUAAUGGAACUUGCAAAAUUACUUCUCGCCUUCGCUUCACUGUCAACAUAGGAUAUAACCAGCAGACCAUUGAGGUUUUCAAAAAAAUUCCAUCAAAGCAAUAUGAUAUGAAAUCAAAAUGCUGGAACUUUCUCCUCAAAGACCACGAUACUCUAAUUCAAUCAAUGAAAACAAUAACUCCUCCUGUAUUUGUGACUCCAAUUCCUUCCAAACUCAUCAAACUUUUAAUGCUAACCGAAAGAUCUGUCGAAGAAAUUGACUUGUCACGAAUUGAUCCAGUUUGCUGGGAAGCCUUGAUGCCUUUUCAAAUUGAAGGAGUGAAAUUUUGUAUUUCCAAAGGUGGUAGAGCUUUGCUUGCAGACGACAUGGGUCUGGGCAAAACGAUUCAGGCUCUGGCUGUUGCUAGUUAUUACAAAGCAGAUUGGCCACUUCUUAUUGCUUGUCCUUCCUCAGUAAGAUUUUCGUGGGCUGAAUCUUUCAGAAUGUGGCUACCAAGUGUUCCUUGGCACGAGCUGGUGGUGAUGACAAGCGGUAAAGAGUUUAUCAGCGAUGCCAAAAUUUUGGUGGUCUCAUAUGAAUUAUUGUCUCGGCACAAGGAAGCAUUGGAGAAAAUGAAAUUUGGAGUGAUCAUUUUGGACGAAUCACACAGUUUGAAAAACUUUACUACCAAACGCACCAAAGCUGUUAAUCCCUUAGUGAAAAAAGCAAAAAGAGUUUUACUCCUCAGUGGCACCCCUGCUCUCUCCAAACCAAUUGAACUGUAUCCUCAGCUCUGUAUCAUCUGCCCUGGGGCAAUGAUGAGCAUUGACGAAUAUGGAGUUCGAUACUGCAAUGCGGUUCGUAGACCUUAUGGCAUGGACUAUGGAGGUGCCUGCAACAUGGACGAGCUGAACAUCAUUUUGCAAGAGUGCUUUAUGAUCAGAAGAUUGAAGCAGAAUGUGCUCACUCAACUUCCAGGAAAAUUUAGGCAAUCCAUUGUCUUGCCCGCCAGUUCCAUUUGCACUGAAAAAAAGGAACUUCAGUUUGCCAAGGAAGCGCUAUCCAGUGUGAGCAGUGGUUCAGCAAAACACGGAGCCUUGCUAUCUUACUACCACGAAACAAGUUAUGUGAAAACCAAAGCCAUUUGUGAUUAUAUAAUGGAGCUGCUUGAGGCUGACAAAAAGUUCAUCUGCUUCGCUCACCACACUGUAGUUCUCGAUGCCAUCUGUGAUAGACUGAUUAGAAACAAGUGCAGAUAUAUUCGAAUUGAUGGUGUUACGUCACCAGCCACCAGGCAAGAAUUGUGCCAGACAUUCCAGGAGGACGUUAUCUGCAAAGUGGCAGUUCUUUCAAUCACCGCAGCCAAUGCUGGAAUUACUCUAACAGCAGCCCACAUGGUUGUUUUUGCUGAGCUUUUCUGGAAUCCUGGGAUCAUGCUACAAGCUGAAGAUCGAGUUCACAGGAUCGGCCAGCAGAACACGGUGGUGGUCCAGUAUCUUGUGGCAAAGAACACCUCUGACGAUCACAUGUGGAAUUUACUGCAAAAGAAAUUGAGAGUCCUCAACAGAGCGGGGCUAAAUCAAGACAACAUGACUGCCACAACAAGUACAAGAGUGUUAGAGGACGAAAAGCACAAGAUAACACAGUUCCUUACGAAAAGUCAAGCCGUCUCUGAAGAGAAUAAAAUUGCCGAAGAGGACCUUUUGCUGGACGAACUCGACUGGGAUGCCAUUGACGCCGAGUCAGCGCAGCACCAGUAAGUUGCAAUUUUAGACUGAGUUCUCGAGGAUGGCAAAAAGAGAUAUUUAUAUAUUUUUCUAGUUUUUGCAUUUUAUUCAAUAGAUGAGCUUUUUCAAAUGAUAUAAUGUUACAAAAAUAUACGAGACAACACAAUACUUGGCCUGAACCUGCAGUUUC